AUGGGAAGACGUCGAUCAAGGAGCUUUAUUAUUGCAGAAAAACCGUCCUCAUAUGUCGAAAGUCUUGACCAGUAUGCCUUGCCGAAUUUGAAUUCGAAUUGGGUGUAUUAUAAAGGCGCGUGGUUUAUUCAUAUCAUUUUGAUUCUUUGUGUUAAGAUACUUUCCAGCAUAAUUCCUUGGGUAUCUCCAGAGACUAGUUGGACGUUUACUAAUUUAUCCUACAUGCUUGGAAGUUUUGUAAUGUUCCAUUGGGUCAAAGGAGUUCCAUUCGACUUUAAUUCAGGAGCUUACGAUGGUAUGACCUUAUGGGAACAGAUCGAUAAUGGAGCGCAGUUUACACCAGCUAAAAAAUAUUUAACAGCCGUUCCAAUUGGAUUGUUCCUACUUAGUACACAUUACACACACUAUGAUGCGUUCACAUUUUUGGUUAAUUUCACAUUUUUAUUGGUUGUACUUAUAGCCAAAUUACCACAAUUGCAUAAGGUUCGGAUAUUCGGAAUCAAUAGAUGGGAGGAUGAAUAA